GCGGCGGCGGCGGCGGCGGCAACUUCGUGGACAUGAUCGACAACCUGCGGGGCAAGUCCGGCCAGGGCUACUACGUGGAGAUGACGGUGGGCAGCCCGCCGCAGAAGCUGAACAUCCUGGUGGACACGGGCAGCAGCAACUUCGCGGUGGGAGCAGCACCACAUUCCUUCCUGAGGCGUUACUACCGGCGCCAGCUCUCCAGCACCUACCGGGACCUGCGCAGGGGGGUCUACGUGCCCUACACGCAAGGCAAGUGGGAAGGGGAGCUGGGCACUGACCUGGUGGCCAUCCCUCACGGCCCCAACGUCACGGUCCGUGCCAACAUCGCCGCCAUCACUGAGUCGGACAAGUUUUUCAUCAACGGCUCCAACUGGGAAGGGAUCUUGGGCCUGGCGUAUGCUGAGAUUGCUCGGCCCGAUGACACCCUGGAGCCCUUCUUCGACUCGCUGGUGAAGCAGACGCAGGUGCCCAACAUCUUCUCGCUGCAGCUGUGCGGAGCGGGCUUCCCCCCCAACGACUCCGAGGCCCUGGCGUCCGUGGGCGGCAGCCUGAUCAUCGGGGGCAUCGACCCGUCGCUGUACCAGGGCAGCCUCUGGUACACGCCGAUCCGGAAGGAGUGGUACUACGAGGUCAUCCUCGUCAAGAUUGAGAUCAACGGGCAAGACCUGCAGAUGGACUGCAAGGAGUACAACUACGACAAGAGCAUCGUGGACAGUGGCACCACCAACCUGCGCCUCCCCAGGAAGGUCUUCGAGGCAGCGGUGAAGUCCAUCAAGACCGCCUCCUCGACGGAGAAGUUCCCUGACGGCUUCUGGCUGGGGGAGCAGCUGGUUUGCUGGCAAGUGGGCACCACCCCCUGGCACAUCUUCCCGGUCAUUUCUCUCUACCUGAUGGGAGAGGCUGCCAACCAGUCCUUCCGGAUCAGCAUCCUGCCUCAGCAAUACCUGCGGCCUGUCGAGGACGUGGCCACCUCCCUGGACGAGUGCUACAAGUUCGCCAUCUCCCAGUCCUCCACGGGCACUGUCAUGGGCGCCGUGAUCAUGGAGGGCUUCUACGUGGUCUUUGACCGGGCGCACAAGCGCAUCGGCUUUGCCGUCAGCGCCUGCCACGUGCACGACGAGUUCCGGACGGCUGUGGUGGACGGGCCCUUCCCGCACGCGGACAUGGAGGACUGUGGCUACAACAUCCCCCAGACGGACGAGUCGACGCUGAUGACCAUCGCCUACGUCAUGGCCGCCAUCUGCGCCCUCUUCAUGCUGCCCCUCUGCCUCAUGGUGUCCCAGUGGCGCUGCCGGCGCUGCUUGCGCCGCGGGCAGGAUGACUGUGCCGACGACAUCUCGUUGCUCAAGUGAGCGCUGCCCGAUCCCGCCCCGCGUGUGCCGGCAGCCGGAGCGCGGCUGCCCGAGGAGGGACAGAGGCCUGCUGUGCCGGGGCCCUCGCUGCACCAUGCCUGCCGGCUCGGGGCCGGAGCAGGACUGGCUGGCUGGGCCGGGCCAGGCCGGGCCGGGCCAGGCUGAGCUGAGCCGAGCGUGGCCAAGGACUUGCCGGUGCUUCCCCACAGCGAGCAGGACAACUGCCUGCAAGAGGAGGGGAGGCCCGCAGCUUGCCCUGCCGGGAAGGGAUUGGGGAGGGUGGGCCAGCGCUCUUCCACCGGCCCGCAAGUGCAAGGGACACCUUCCCCUUCACUUCACGGUUCGCGUCUUCUGGUGGCCGCGGCUCUCAGUGGCCCCCUCCUGAGGUUCCUGUGUCUUCAUGAGAUCCUGCAACAUGGAAGGGGCUGCUGAAAACCCCCCCUGCGGUGUUGCUUCUCUGCAGAGCUGCUGAGAGUAGCUGCUGCUUCUUAGGUGGUUUGUGUGUGCGCGUGCGCGCGUGCCACUUUCAAAGUACGCAUCUCUGAUGAACCGCCCUGGGGAAAGCCGCAGGGCCAGGGAGGGGCUGCUGUCCAUUCGGGGCUGCCGGCUCCCCACAUGGUCCUUCCUGGGGGCCCCUUUUGAGUGAUCCCCGGAGCAGGGCGACCAGUGCUUCAGGCACCCCCCCACCAAGUGAAUUCCUAAGGAAUUCCUGCCUCUGGCCGGGGGUGCCCAACCCUUUCUGGUGGCGGAAGCCUUUGCAGGCGGGGGGCCAGAGGCAGCGGGGGCAGCCGCCGCCUUCAGGACCCCACAGGCCUGGCCAUCCUCUCGUCUGUUUGCUGCCCACGGGGGGCCUUUAUGUUCCAUCGGUGCAGAUCCUGGCUCAAAGAGCCUCGGCCUGGCCCAGCAGACCCCCUCCCAAACUCGGGCGAGAGCCCACCUCCCUGAGCUGGACUCUGGGAUUAGUGCCUGGUGCCCUGCUUCUCUCGCGCCUCCCCCCGCCCCCCCGGCAGCUCCCGGCAUUGGAGACCUUGCUGCACUGACAGUAUUGGCUGCACGCGCUCGUCUGUAGCACAGCACACAGAGCCGCUGUCCUCGGGCACCCUGGCCCAGGGUGGGAUGUGCCGCAGCCCCUCGCGGGCGCCCGACCUGGUGGUUGGGGAGCAGGCUGUAAUGGCGCCCCCCAUGCUAAGGCUCUGCGGCCCGGCGGUGCCUGCCGGCAGCAAGCUCUGUGGCGGGGCAGGGUGGCCCUGGAGCACCCCGGAGGGAUGUGUGCUCAGCUGGGCUGCCUGGCUAGCUCAGAGCCUCCAACCUUGUCUGCAGGGAAUGAGGCACCCCUUCCCAGUGCCAGCUGAAGCCGAUCAAGCCAGCUGCCCCAGCUCCCGCCACCAGGGCCCUCCUCUGCAGACCAGCGCGGAGGCCUGCUCCCCGUGCACGAGGCUGCAGCUCUGUUGCAGUGGCCCGGCCCGGCUGUGCAGCUGCGGCCUUGGGGCACAUCCUGCACAGCGGCCGGAGUGGCAUCAGGGCUGCUCUCCCUUCCAACGGGAGCCGGGCAUCCUUCUGGGAUCUGUGUGGAGAGGCCUGGCCUGGAGGCCACUCACGCACCCCUGCAGGAUCAGCGCAAGGGAAGGGCGCCUGCUCCCGGCUGGCCGGCCGGCCCUGGAGGGGCCAGCAGGAAAUGGCCCCGGCCAGGGAGAUGGGGGCCACAGGGUGCCGGCUGGGUGGCCUUCCUCCACCUGCAAAGCCCACAGGCAGGUGGGGCAGCUGCAGCUGGGUGGGAGCAGAGCCCCCCUCCCCAGUCCUGCCUCAGGGAACCUGCUGGCCUCCCCGCCCGCCCCCAAGCAAUGCUGGUUUUCCACCUCUCGCCCCCACGAUUUUCAAAUGCAUACUUUGACUGUGCUGCGUGCUCUUUCGGGAAGCUCCUUGCGUAGCGCCAGGGCCGUUGUAGUGUGGACGUAGGCAGCCGUGUUCUGUGUGCCGGAGAGCCAGAUGCUUUCUGCUUGUACAGUAUUCUGUAAAUAUUUGUAAUGCUGGUUCCCGAACCCCUCGUUUGUCUCAAAUGCAAGUGGAGGGAAGAGA